UCGCCUCUCCAGCACGUCAUGUCGUUACGCUCGAUGACGCGCUGCGUUUGCGGAACAGGGUGUCAGCGUGACAGCGUCCUUUCUGCAGUUGUAUCAGCUAGGAUUUGAAACCAAAAUUAUAGGUUAACAGCCAUACUAUUAACCUUGCAUGCAAUAAUAACCUCUUGAAUGUAUUGGAGAUGUCUGCGACUGACUGGUACGCGCAUAAGUCGCUGGAAAAUGGCGUUUUUUGGAUCCAGGAGCGGUUUUAUGAAUCGGGGAACAGGGCGAAUAUCUGGCUCAUACGUGGGUCACAUCAGGACGUGGUCAUAGACACUGGACUGGGUUUACGGAGUCUGCCUGACUACAUCAAUAGUAAAGGGCUGCUUGGGGACGAUUCGAAGCGCAAGAACCCUCUGUUAGCCAUUGGCACGCAUGUGCAUUUUGAUCAUUCGGGUGGGCUGCAUCAGUUUCAACAGGUGGGCGUGCACAAGGCGGAGGUGGAUGCUCUGGCUAACGGUGACAACUUCGAGACCGUGACAUGGUUAUCUGACCGCGAGAUCGUGGAGGAUCCAGCGCCUGGAUGGAGAGCAAGACAGUACAGGGUGAAGGCUGUUACACCAACACAUAUAUUACAAGAAGGCGAUGUUAUCAACCUUGGGGACCGGCAGCUUACUGUUCUCCACAUGCCGGGCCAUUCCAGAGGCAGCAUUUGUCUCCAUGACAAGGAGAACAAAAUCCUGUUCAGUGGAGACGUGGUCUAUGAUGGUUCCAUGAUUGAUUGGCUACCCUACAGCCGGAUCAGCGACUACACCCGUAGCUGCGAAAGGCUGGUUGAGAUGGUCGAUAAAGAGGAGAUUGACCAGGUCAUGCCCGGCCAUUAUAACACUUUUGGGAGCAAGCGGCUACACCGGUUAGCCUCCAACUACAUCGCUAGUGCCGGCACCUGCCAUAGAGCCUCCACCUGUGUGGUGAAGUCCAUUGCCAGCCUGGCGCUUCGAGCCUCCAACUCAAGAAGUGCCUGCUAGUAGUUAUGAUAAAGAUUACUAUGCAACAACGUAUGUCAUUGCAGACCUCAAUAUGGAGCACACUGAAAACACUCAGCAAUACAGUGUGCUAAUGAUUAAGAGAUUGAUAGUAUUAUUUGUGUUGAUCACAGUUCAAAAUAAUGUCAAAAAUAUGCUGCAUAAUAUCCAUCAAAUCAUCAAGAAGAAUAGUACGUUGUCAUAUUUUGAAGGUGCUUUUAGUAAUUUUCAAUGCUAAUGGUAGUUACAUGUAAGACUGCUUAUAAAAACUAAAUUGUCAAGCAGCUCAAUAUAUUAAGGUUGCUUUUUUCCCCCUACCAGUUAAGUGCAAAUCCAUCACCACAGCCCAUUUCAGUGGUCAACUCAAUCACACAGUCACCUGUUGUGACAUGGUUACCACCUUAUUUUACAGCUCAAGAGGUUGUUGAAAACAGCACAAAGCUGUUUCCUGUGAAGGGGCAAGGCUUCUGAUUCAUUAACUGCUAUAGGAUAACUAGAAGAAUAACAAAGUACAGUAAACAGUAAAAAUAUUUGAGCCAUAAACCAGUGUGAUUAUGAUUUAAAAUAGUUAAAAUUAUAUUUGUUUUGCAGUAUCAAGCAGCAACACUGACUUUUUUGUGCAUCUAAAAUGAAUGAAUGUGAAGCCUUCCGCAUUCUAUACUAUUAUAGUUUUAGUAUCACAUAGAUGCUAUAAUAUAUUACUAAAUAUAAUUUAUCAUAGUUAAUAUUUGAAUUUUUAAGUGGUAUUUUAUCUUUUUUAUUAUUAUUUAUUGAUGUACUUUAAUAACCCUGCUGUUGACGGCUUUACCUAACUCGUUUGGGGAAACACUGAAAAAACUGACUGGAAUAGUGGAUUUGGAGAAGCGUAUUUGGAUGCAGCAUUAUUUUAUUUUUUUUAAUUCCAUUUGGGUAACUACUGAUGCAGAAAUUACACGAUGCACCUUUAAUAAAUAAUAUCAUUACAUAAACAUUUGGUAACUGUGAGGUUUCCAUGAAGUAAAGACUUGGUAUGUCUACAGAUAAUUAAAUAAAACAAACCACAUCAGAGACAUUGUAGCUGACAUACUGUAAUCUUCCAGUCACCACUUGAAGUAUUCAGUGAAGUAUUCAGAUCUGUUGCAGAUGAAUUAUCUUUGAAGAGACAGCGAUGUGUUAGUUAAAAUGGUAACACUUUAGAAUAAGGUUCCAUUAGUUAAUGUUAGUUAACUACUUUUGUUAACAUGAACUAAGCAAGAACAAUCCUUCUACAGCAUUUAUAAGUCUUAGUUCAUGUUAAUUUCAACAUUUACUAAUGCAUUAUUUAAAUCAAAAGUUGUGCUUGUUAACAUUAGUUAAUGCACUGUGAAUUACCAUGAACUAACAAUGAAUAACUGUAUUUUCAUUAACUAACAUUAACGAAGAUGAAUAAAUACAGUAAUAAAUGUAUUAUUCAUUGUUUGUUCAUGUUAUUUAAUACAUUAACUAACAUUAACUAAUGGAACCUUAUUCUAAAGUGUUACCGUUAAAAUGGGAGACCAGAUGAAUUAUUAGCAAACUGCUGACUUGUUCUCUAUGCCAGUAUCUGCAUGAGAUAUUGAUGUAGCACAGCAUGGACGCAGCAUCAUUCUAUUAUUCUAUAGGCUCAGUGUGAAUUGUGUUGUGUAUGUGAUCGAAGUGCAUUAUUAACAAACAAAAUCAUAAUCUUUCAACAGCAGUCGUAUUAGUCAGGAAAAAUGACUGAAAGAUGAUUUUUGUUUGGUUUAGUUCUGUAAAACUGCCUCCGUACUAGUAGUUGUCUUUGCCGUGUGCUUAUUUGCUAACUGCACAAUGACUUUGAUUUAUUUGUAUUGGUAAUUUUUAUAUCGAAGCACAUAAGUCAGUAUGGGUGACAGUAGGUAAUUUGUGGAUGGCCAAAUGCUGUUUUCCCUCUCAGUAAUACACUGACUUUGUUUAAUCUGACAUAAUUGUAAGGGAAUCCUCUUUGGUGUUCAAAUGUGAUGAAAAAAAAAAAAAAAACGUGUAUGGAAUGAAAUGAGAUGCUGUAUAAAAUAAGGUGUUGGUGGAGAUAUGAGAAUGACUAACAUCAAGUCACUUGUUUAUGUUGCCAAACUACAAAUAUGCUGCUUGACUUUUUUGAUGUCAUUUUCAUAUUGUUGACAUGUCAUUUUCAUGUCAUCAAUUGGAGAGUAAUAUGUUUAUGUGAAUGUGAUGGAGAGUGAUGCAAUAUAAAUAUAUUAUGUAUCUACAGUUGAAGUGAGCUUUUACAGUAUAUGUGCACUAUGUUUCUGCUCAGGGAUCCCUUGAAUCCAGGCUAAAUGAGCAGAGCUGUACAUGCAACACUAUAUUUAGUGCCUCUAGGAGAGUAAACAAACGAAUACCUCGCAAUGCCAUGACAACAGCUGUUGUAAUACCCAGGCACCUGUUUAACAAUAUACUCACUUUCAAUUCUG